UGCAAAAUUAGCAUGAGGGUCUAGUGCGCCUGUGCAGAUCAAUCAAGCGCAUCGGGUGUGGGAAGACCUGUUUUUACGCGUAUCUCUAGGAUUAGAAUUAGCCGAGAUAAAACUCUAUGUGUACCGUUAAUCUCCGUUUUAGAUCGUAAUCUGUUCUGUUAUUAUUCUGAUCUAGGUUGUGUGUGGAAACCACGCUCCUGUGCCGAGCUAGAGCUUUUAAACGGACCCAUAUAUCGUGACGUUUGCGGCGCUCGAGCUGCGCUGCCAUGUCCAACAUGGCCGCCUUCCAGUCAGACUCAGCGCCAUUGUCGUCUGAACCACCGCUCUAAAGACUUUCGUUCCUUCAGAAAAUCUUCUCUGACAUUUCCGAACUCUGUCAGAAUAUGUUCGGGGGAUCGUGAUACCUCAAGUGUGGACCUUGGUUUGGAUUUCUUGAAGAUUUCUUCGGGGGGAACUUGAAGAUUUCGGUUGGACGAUAUUAUUUGUAAGACGACAUGAAUGCGAUGAAUUCCAUCUUGUCAAAGGCCAAGACGGAGAAGAAUGGGUUGGCAGGGAUCGCCCUAGAUUCCUACGGAAGCACAGAUGACUCAGUCGCCUUCGUGCACAAGGAUUCCCUGAGUGAAAACCACCCACCCUCUCCAGGGGACCUGCAUGCAGCUGAACAAGGAAUCUACUUCAGAGAUGGUCACAGAAGGAUUGAUUUUGUGCUGGUGUUUGAAGAGGAAGACCCGGGAAGCAAGAAGAGUAAGAAGAAGAAGAAGAAGGCAGUUGAGUCUGGGGAGGUGAAGGAGAAAUCUCCCGAGGAGAAAAAUGAUCAGUACAGAAAGAAGUUCCUCAACAACCUCAGAAAGGCUGGCUGUGAAAUGGAAGAAGAGAUCUCAAGCACAGGAAAGAAGACUAUCACCUACAUCAAGGUUUUCGCCUCCUGGGAUGUCCUGUGUUACUAUGCUGAAGAGCUCAACUUUCGGGCUCCAUUGCAGGCUCACCCUAACCCAAGUGAGAACUGGUCGGCAAAGCUGCUGGAAAGUCUGCAUAUUCCCAACAUGAUGGAUCAGGAAGUGCCAAACAAACCACUGGACUACUACACCUGUGUCUUCAAGAAGUCCAAACUGGACAAGUUUUUGGGGAGUGAGAACCGUGAUACCUUCUUCUCUAAUACACAGAGACACAGAAUAGUGUAUGAGAUACUUGCAACAACACCGUAUGGGAAAAGAAAGAGAGCUGAAAUUGGGAUUGACCGUCUUAUAGAUGAGGGAGCUUUUCAGGCUGCCUAUCCACUACAUGAUGGGUCCUGGAAGAAGCCGUCCCACUCCUUACCAGCGGAGCAGCUGAACAGGCGCCAGGUUCUGUACGACUACUGGGCACGCUGGGGGUGUUGGUACAAGUACCAGCCACUCGACCACAUCCGGGAGUACUUCGGAGAGAAGAUUGGCAUCUACUUUGCCUGGCUCGGGCUCUACACUGCAUGGCUCCUCCCUGCCUCUAUCGUGGGACUCAUGGUUUUUCUUUAUGGUGUCCUGAGUAUAAGUACCAACACACCUGCGAGAGAGGUGUGCAACAGUGGUGGUGACUUUGUGAUGUGCCCUCUCUGUGAUGAGAACAUCGGCUGUGCUUACUGGAACCUGUCGGACACAUGCACACAGGCAAAGAUUGCCUAUCUCUUUGACCACCCUGGGACUGUCUUCUUUGCCAUUUUCAUGUCUUUCUGGGCUGUCACCUUCCUGGAGUACUGGAAGAGGAAGAACGCCAGCCUUGCCCACCACUGGGACGUCAUGGACUUUGAAGAAGAAGAGGAGCGCCCUCGGCCCCAGUUUGCUGCAAUGGCACCUUCUAUGGAAAAGAACCCAGUAACAGGCAUCAAGGAGCCGCACUUUCCUGACGAGGAUCGCUUCAAAAGAAUGAUGGCUGGGGCAGUCAUCAUUAUCUUCAUGAUGGUGAUGGUGCUGAUCUUCGUGCUGGGGGUGAUCAUGUAUCGGGUGUUGAUCAGCAUCCCGCUAUUCCAGUCCGUCAUGUUCCGCGCUCAGGCCUCCAACAUCGCCAACAUGAGCGGAGCCUGCGUCAACCUGAUCCUCAUUAUGGCAUCAGGAAUUGUGUACCAAAAGAUUGCAGAGAAGCUUACUGAGUGGGAAAUGCACAGAACUCAGACUGAACAUGAAGACAGCUACACCUUCAAAGUCUUCAUCUUCCAAUUUGUCAACUUUUAUUCAUCCAUCUUCUACAUCGCAUUCUUCAAGGGACGAUUCGUUGGAUACCCGGGCCAUUAUAAUAGGUUCUUUGGUCUCCGCAACGAAGCGUGCGGACAGGGCGGCUGUCUGGUGGAGCUUGCCCAACAGCUAGCCGUCAUCAUGAUUGGUAAACAGGUCAUCAACAAUGCACAGGAGAUCAUAGUACCUAAAAUCAAGAACUAUUUGCAGCGGCGUGAGGUGGCAAAGGGGAUGGAGAAAUCCACAGAGCCAGCCAGAUGGGAGGAGGACUACCAGCUGAUCGAAAAUGAGGGACUGUUUGAGGAAUACCUAGAGAUGGUUAUCCAGUUUGGGUUCAUCACCAUUUUUGUGGCUGCCUUUCCCCUGGCUCCGCUGUUUGCCCUGCUAAACAACUGGGUGGAGAUCCGUUUGGACGCGCACAAGUUUGUUUGUGAGGUGCGUCGCUCGGUGUCCGAGAGAGCUCAGGACAUCGGCGUGUGGUUUAACAUUCUAGACGCUCUGGUUCAGCUCGCUGUCAUCAGCAACGCGUUCAUUAUUGCAGUAACAUCAGAGUUUCUGCCUCGGCUGCUGUACAAGUAUGAGAAGAACUGGAACCUGGAUGGAUAUGUCAACUUCACGCUAGCGUACUCUCCACCUGGGUCCAUGUCUCAGGAGUGUAGGUACAAGGAGUUCCGAGACAGAGACGGCAGCUUUAGCUUGUUCUACUGGAGACUUCUUGCUAUACGACUUGGUUUUGUCAUCCUAUUUGAACAUGUGGUUUUCUUCAUCUCACGGCUGAUUGACAUAAUGGUGCCCGACAUCCCAGAGAGUUUAGAGAUCAAGAUCAAACGGGAGCGCUACUUGGCCAAGCAGGCCUUACAGGACCAGGAGCACAUCAUGGAGGCCAUGAAGGAGGAGAAACAAGCUAUGGUGGGAGGCUUGGCAGGGGUUGGCGAAGAGGACGAGGGAGGUGACGACGAUUACGCCGUUACUACCCAAGGCCGGAAGGCUGCCACCACCCGCAUGGAUGCCGGCAAUGUUUACCUCUCUGUACCUACUGCAGAUGUGUAACUAACAUGCAAACUUACUUCUUUAUCUGUCAAACUAAAACUACUGUGUAACUAUCUAACAAACAAUUUGCAAGGCUGCUCAUUAAGUCCAACGAGAUACUGUCAAUUUGAACUGUUGGGCUUUGUAAGCCCCUUACUUUUCUCAUUGGAUUAGCUUCUUCUCAGUUUACAUUCUCUUCCUCUCUGUUUCCUUGCAGUGUUUUUAUAACUUAAUCAAUUGAAUUGUAACGUUUUAAUUAUGGAUCUACUAGUCUGUAAAUUCUUCAGUUCAAUGCUCUUAGCCACAACUUAAUUUUGAACACUUUCCAAACUUCUACAUGUGUCAUGCACCAUUCUAUCACUUCGUAACUUGCCGCCCUGUACUAUCCACUGGCUGCUCCAGAAAGAUUCCGGACAAGGUUUAUCAAAAGUCAAAACAAGUUUAAUAGCAAGAGAUAUAUAUUACAAAGGAGAAGAUGUAUGUUAUUCAAGUUAAUAACAGAUAUAUAAGUAAAGGCAAAGUAGGCUGUUUGUCUCUUGAACAAUUCAAGGAAACUGGAAGGCCUCUAUUUCAUGUUAAUUUUGUAAUUUGCUGACUACAGUCGUGAGAAAGGGGAAUCUUCCUGGAGCAGUUUCCAUUCCCUCCAUUCAUUACAAAAUGCACCAUUCUCUGGGAGUUUGUGGCAUUGUCAUGCCAGUCUGGAUAAGUGCAUAUUGAAAGUCAUGCUGAAUAAUGAACAGUUGAAAGAAUCAGCCUAAAACGUAAACUGCAAUCUUUUGAUACAUAUACUAAAAGUAGAUCAGAAAACUUAGGGUAUUAGAGAAAUAGGUGAAGAGCAGAAAAAUAACGUAUCUAAAUGAUGUGUGUACUAUGUGAAUGCCUGCUGGCAUCAGUUAUUUCUUUGAAAUGUUUAAUGAUGGUCACUCAAAGUGGGUUGGAUUUUAGGAUUAGUGUUUUGUAUAACAUAAAAAGCAAUCACUAGACCUUCGACUCAAUAAGUUAAAUGUGCAACCUGCAUGCUGAUACUAUUCAUCAGAAAAUAUCAGCACAGAAAUAAAAUCAAUACACGGAGAAUAUCACUGUACAUGUCUAUUGCACAAAAUGCAGUUACUUGCUGAAUUUUAUCACAAUGGUGUAUUUGAAAUUUUUAACUUUAUGUUUAACAAUGAUGAUAACUGAAAAUGAUUGAAAGUCUGUGAAUUCAAGGUGCAAUUAUUAUGGAAUUUUACCAUGAGAAGUUUUUAGAUCACACCUUUGUUUUGAACAGACAACAGUUUUCCAUAUUCAUAAGAAUGGAAUGAGUAUGUUAUGAGGAACAUAUAUAUAUCAACUCUACUCAGUCAUUCGGGUAUUUUUUCCUAAAUUUUUAAGGAAAUCUUUAUGCUUUUGUCGCCUUGAAUCUUUGCCUAGACUAAAUGUGAAACUUUGAAGAGUUCCAAGGAUAAGAUUGCCAGACAAAGGUUUUUGUUGUAAAGUCAGUUUUAACAUUCAAUGAUUUUAACCAAGCAAUCAAAUUUUUAAAUGUGCUCAAAAGACGAAUAUACAUUUUAGUUAUGGUGUAGAGAUGAUAUGAAAAGAUUCUACAUCAAAAUGCUCUCAACUGUUUCUUAAACUUCUUAACAUACAUCUCUCUGUAGAGGUUAUAUGUUGAUGCACUUUCUGAGGAUUAGAUGUCUCCAAGUCAAAUGAUCCUUGUAUUAUGUAUUUGUUGUUAUAAUAUUGUAGUAAACUUUUAGAGACAAGUAAGUUCAUGUUUGUAUGCACUAUUAUUUAUUCAAGCAUGUUGAAGAUAGCUGUGAACUAUAAAAUUUGCUUUUAUAUAUGGGAGCUCAUAAUGCACAAAAGAAUGAAUGCAAAAAUAUAUGAAGUUCACAGAUUUCAAAUCUGCAAUGUUUAAAAGUGUUACUUUUCCCUUUUCAUCAGCAGUUGCUGAUGUGUGAUUUAUUGUGAAAGUUUCAGAGGCUUUCAAAAUAUAUUGCAUGUAAAAGAUUAUAUAACAGAGAAAUGUAUCUGUAUAUAGAGAUGCUAGUUCAAUGCUAACAUGAAUAGGUUGUGUAAGAAAUCUAAGUUCAGAUAAACUAUGUGAUAGGGAGGUAAAUAUUGCUGUUGUUGGACAAACACUUUAAAGUAAUAUCAAAGGAUAUUGACUAUCUAAUACGAGAAGAAAUCUAUUAGUGUUAAACUGAGAUGUGUAAUUUUGUUAAAUGUGCUAUAACGGUAAAGAGUAUAGACUGAGCUCUUAGGGAUUUUAAUUAGUAAAGCAUGACUCUAUUAAGGAUUAUGUGAUAUUUUAGGUGUGGUCAAAACUUCCUUUCAAAACCCGAGUAGUUUGAAGAGAGAAGUAGUAAAACGUUUUUACAUGUUGCUUCUGGAAAACCUGAAGGCAACACAUGUGAAAUGUGCGAUUUUAUCAAAGAUAUAAUACAUGUACUUGCAUGAAGGUAUGUUCUGUUUUUUAUGAGAUAUGAAUCACUUGAUGUAAUGAGACCACAAGUAUCCAUGAUGUUGGUAACUCUAGAGUGGAUACGUUGAGGAUAUAGCAGCAAUAGCUAAGGUAGCCACGUGACAAAAAUAUUGUAUAUAAUACUAAGAAUAUAAUGUUAAGACUAAGGAAGAUGUGUGAAUAAAUUGUACUAAGAGAUGAACUUAUUACUUUGAUUAGUGUCUAUGAAUUUGGUGUCUUUUAUUUAUUUUCACAGUGAAAAUACUUUUGUAAAAUGUGUGCUGAUUUUGAUUUCUAGACUACAGUACAUAUUGUUUUUUUAACUUGCAUGAAAUGCAUGGAAAAUUUGAGGCUUGUUUUGUUUGUGUUUUUGUUUCUGCAAUAAAAUACUUGUUGUUCAGA